AUGAACUUCGGCGUCUCAACUAUACAGUCAGUAGUAUUUCUUGCAGUCCUGGGAAUGACCUACAGCCAGAAAGGAGUAUAUCUGGAUGAAAAAGUUAAAAACCUACAGGAGUGGAUGUACAGAAGGCCACUAAUCAAUUUGAAUGCAGACCGGUGGAAAACGUAUGUACGAAGUGCGCCACGCAAUUAUUCUAUGAUUGUGAUGUUUACGGCGCUUUCUCCAAAUGUUAACUGUGCAAUAUGCAAAUCCUCAUAUGAUGAAUUUUAUAUACUGGCUAAUUCGUACCGUUAUGCAUAUUCGGAACUGAAAGCUCUUUACUUUGCAAUUAUUGAUUAUGAUGAAUCUCCAGAAGUCUUUCAGCAAAUGAAUCUAAAUGUUGCACCAGUACUUUUUCAUUUCCCAUCAAAGGGUACAAAGAAAAGGAAUGAUCAAAUGGAUUUUGAACGGCAAGGUUUUAGUGCCGAUAGCAUGGCGAAAUUUGUUUUUGAACGAACAGAUAUACAAAUUCGCAUUCUUCGUCCACCAAACUAUGCAGCACCAGCAGUUGUUUUGUUAUUGGCAAUGCUCGUAUUAGGGUUAUUGUAUAUGCGCAGAAAUAAUCUCGAUUUCUUAUACAAUCGUACAAGUUGGGCAUUAAUUUGUCUUUGUGUCGUAUUUGCGUUUAUGAGCGGACAGAUGUGGAAUCAUAUUCAUGGUCCUCCAUUUGUUAUGACUAGGUCGCACAGUCGUGAAACAAGUUUUAUUCAUGGUUCUACUCAGUAUCAGCUCGUGGCAGAAACAUAUUUGGUGGCGGUAUUAUAUGCUGCGAUAACGGCUGGUUUCAUCUUAAUGAAUGAUGCGGCAGAUGGUAAAGGCGAUUCUGGACGACGGCGGAUUAUUGCAUUGGUUGGUCUCGGAUUGGUGGUUGUAUUCUUUAGCUUAUUGCUUUCGAUAUUUCGGAGUAAAUAUCAGGGGUAUCCGUAUAGCUUCCUAUUUCAUUAA